UGUGGGCGGCGCAGUGGCAUAGCAGAUGUAUUAAAUCUGUCCACUUUGGUGCUUACACUACCAUGCGCGCUUUAUUUGGAUUUAUAAUUGCUGUGAUAAUUGUCCAAGUGACAAUAACAGCAGGCCAUUUAUCAGAUGAUGGAGAUAAACCUCACUACCAUCGGAGAGGUAGGAAGUAUGCUGACGAGGAGAUCAGCUCCGAAGAUGAUAGCAGCGACUACCGUGGGAGAAGGGAACGUAACAGAAAAACUGAUGAUGCUGACGCCGAACAAUCCCUCUCCAGCGGAUUAAGAAGUGUUUUAGGAGUUCGAAAUCAAAAUGAAGCCGGCGAUCUUCUGUACCAAUUAACUGGAUUCCGAGAUGAAGCCGCUGCCAUGAAAUACAUUGAAAAUCUAACAGGCCUUACAGAUGACCAGAAAAAACUGAAAUUCUUGAAGAAAUGCAAGGGAGCCAGGUCUUGGCAUCGCGUUGUGGACUUUAUGGAGCUUAUGGACGACGCCCCGGUUCUGAAAACGAUUGUGGUGAUCCUGAAACAGAUGACCAAUGAAGGCGAUGUGCUGAAAGCAUUUUCAAUGAUGAAACCACUGAUUGGACACGACGACUUCGACGGAAUUCUUGAGAGUCUACAGAAAAUAUCUGGAGACAGAGAUCCUCAUGAAAUAGCUGAUCACUUCGAACAUAUCGCUCAUACUAAUGGUGUGGAAGGCCUGAAAAUGGAGAUAUUGAAACUGACGAGUGGCCUUGGUCCGGCUGAAUUCCCAAGGUUACUGAAGGUUCUACUGCCAGAAAUAGACCUGAAAGGAGCCUUCAAUCUUCUGUUAUUGGGUACACGAACAGUGGACAUCGGUGAUGCUAUCGCAGCGCUCAAUCAUUUACUGAACACAAAAUCACUGACAGACAGUUUAGUAAUGCUGAAAUCUAUCACCAAACAGACCCAAACCAAGUACGCUUUAGAAGAACUGACGCAGGCUGUUAAUAGAGGAAGUCUCAGGGUGAUAAUUGAGAACCUACACAAAAUUGGAGGAAACGAUAAUUUGCUGGAAGUUCAAGCGGCUUUCAAAGACGCUUUUGGGACGGACAAUAUUGUUAAUAUUAUACACAAAAUAAACAAAGAGACGAAACGUCAAGAUGCACUCUACUUCUUGAAUUCUUUGCUGGAUGUAACCCAAACGAAAAACAUCAGAGAAGCUGCCAAAUUCAUUUUGGGUCUUACUUCUAAGGAGACUAAUCUUUUGGACUUUUUGGAGUUAAUUCGCGUUAAUUCAGGACAUGACGAUAUUAUAGACUUUUUCAAAAGGCUGAUGUCUAUCACUGGAACCAAAUCUCUCCAAGAAGCGUGGCAAGUGAUCGCUACAGUGACAUCUAUAGAUGAUAUAUUUGUAUUUUUCGAUGAAGUGUACAAGUACACGGAUGUAGAGGUGAUUGUAUUCCUGGAAACAAUAUUACGAGUUACCAACGCUACUAAUAUUAAGGUUGCCGCUUCCAUGCUGAAGAAGAUCUGUGACGUCGAUGAACUGUUCGACAUAAUUCAGUUGAUUUUCGAUAUUACUGAAAUGGAUAUUGUCCUGUUCUUUGAAAAUAUUAUUACAAUCAGCAAAGCGUAUUAUUUGGAGGAAGCUGUUUUUAUAACUGAAGAGUAUACGGCGACCGACAAUUUCAUUGACGCUUUGAGAGACCUGAAAAGGGCAACCGGACAAUCAACUGUCCUCCAAGCAAUAGACUACAUAAAGAAGAACAAGCCACGCAUAGAAAGAACAACAACUACUUCUACGGCAAAAUCUUCUGAGUAUGCCACAGAAGUGACCUAUUCUCCUACAAGUACCACAGAAGAAUCAAGUACCAAACAAAGUAAUGCUGCAACAGCAGAUAAUAAUUAUCAACAAGACACUACAACAUCAAAAACAAAGGAGACUACAGUUAAAGAAGAAUUAACAACUCCACCAAAUUCUUCUGCAAAAGAAACUACUGUAGAAAAGAUUACAGAAGAAUCUGGUAGUACAGAAGAAGCAACAGAACAAAUGACAUCCACAGAAGAGUAUACCAAAGAAGUGAUCACUUCUACUGAAGAAACGAAAGUUCCAGAAGGAUCUACGGCACAAAAGACUCUAACUGACAUUUUAACUACACAGUCCUCUAUACAGUCUACUGCUGCUAAAGAUGUGACUACAGAAGUGACUCCAUCUACAGAAGAUAAUGCAACUGUAAACCAAAGUUCAAGUACAGAAAAGACUAUAGAAGGAAUAACCCCAGAAGUUUCAACAAAUACAGUACCUAGAGACGAAUCAGUUGAAAAGAUUACAAAAUUACACCAAACUUCUGAAAAUUCACCUACUACUGCUGAAAAUACCACUCCUAAAGACACUGAACAAGUAACUGAUAAAUCUUCUACAUAUAGCUUAACUGAGAAGACAAUUGAAGCAGAAUCUACUACUGACCAACAGACUACACCAUCAGUAGAAACUAGUACACAAGGAAAAGAAGACUCUAAGCCUACAGAAGAAAUCCUAACCACGUCUUCAACAGAAACAUCAACUAAAACCAUAACAGAAGAAUCCACAACUACCACAGAAGGUAAUAAUGCUAGUGAAAAGACCACAGAAAAAAUCUCUGUCAAUGAUGUACUGUCUACUACACCUAAGUCCACAGAAGAUAUAAAUGCAGCUUCUACAAAAUCUAGCGUUACCACAACAGCUACAGAAAUCACCACAGAAUCCAUAACUACAACACAAAAGCCAAAUGAAUCAAGCACUACAACCAAAUCAGAAGACUUAAACACCGCAUCAGAAGAUAAUACUUCUGAGAAAUUAACUUCGACAGAAACUUACAUUUCACGUUCCAGAAGUACAGAAGACUCAUCUUCUGACUGCUCUUCCUCUUCUUCCUCAGAAGAGUUCAGUUCUGAAGUUCCUAGUACAGAAGAAAAUACGGCUACAACAUCUGACAAGGCAAUUUUUACUACAGAAGCAAUAUCUUUAUCUACUGACAAUUCUUCUUUACCAACUUCUACUGAACAAGCGGCAACUGAAAUUACUUCAACUGAAAAAAUUGAACAAAGUUCUCCAACUCAAUUAACUAGUACUCAAGAAUCAACUUUGUUGACAACUGUUGCAUUAGAAACAACAACGGCUCAAGAACAAACAACAAUUGUUACAACGGAACAACAAACAACUGAACAAGGAAACCUUGAAACGACUUCAUCAACUCAAGCGACUGAACCAAUUCAACCAACAACGACUUCACAACCUUUAGAAACCACUGAAAAUGCCACUACCACUGAGAAAUCUACUGAAUCAGAUAUAACAACAGUUCAAACAACUAUAGAACAAUUGUCAACUACAAAUUUACCGUCAACUGAAGCUGACACUACAACAGUUGAAACAACUACAGAACAACCAACUACAGAAGCUAAUUCUGUUGAUAAAACAACUAAUCAGUCACCAACACCUGCCUCAGAAGAGAAUGUUAGUCAAACUUCUACACAAUCUAUAGAAGAUACUACUUCUACAACAGAAGCUAACAUAAUUGAUACAACAACAAGUGAAAUUACUUCUGAACAACCUGCAUCGACAAUUCAACACAAUAUAGAAUCUUCUACUAUUACAACAACAGCAGAACAACCAACAACUAUUAAGACUACAAAAGACCAAGGAACAACUGAAUCAACUUCUACAACUACUCAAGUUACAUCAAUAGACCAUUCAGAAGAAUAUGUUAGCUCAGAAGAAUCCAACUCAUCUGCGUAUGAUUCCACUGAAAACAGUUCAGAAGAAGAGACUCAAAGACAAGGGGAAUACGACUCAAAAUCGGUUGAAGAUCUUGAACCGACAGAGGGGAAUACUGUACCUAUGUCUUUCAGUUCAACAACAGAGGCUUUGAAAACUGUAACUAUAGUUCAAUCAUCAACAGAUGUGUCUAGUUCAAAACAACCAGAUAUUAAUGAAUUUGUUACAACAACUGCUCAAUCAGUAACUGAACAAAUUACAACUUCAGCUUCGUCAACAAAGCAAGAAGAAUUAACAACUGAAGCUUCUACAACAACCCAAGAUAAUCCUUCAACAACAGAUAUUUCAUCUACAACAACUCCUUCUGAAGUUCCAUCAACUCAACCCUCUCAUGAUGAACUUACAACAGAACAACAUACAACUCAAAAUACACCUACAUCAACUGAUGUAGCUACUGAACCAACUUCUACUGAAGAAAUAACAACAACGCAAUCAGUUUCUACUGAUCAGUCAUUAACAACUAAGGCUGCCACUACUCAAGUAGUUUCAUCUACGACUACUGAGCCAACUGAUAAUGUGUCAACACAAGAGACUACUACUACUGAACGGUCUGCAGCUACUGAGAUAUCAACAGCUCAAGCUUCAUCAACAACUGAGUCGACAACAGCCGCAGAACAACUGUCAACUGAGGAGAUAUCGACUGAGGAUGUAUCUUCAUCAUCAGAUUCUUCAUCUUCUUCGUCAUCAUCAGAACAGGUAACCAGCACUGAACAGGUGACCACUCAGUCACCAGUGACAACAGAAUCAGCUACUGAAGCAACACAAGCAGCUGUUUCCACUGAUCAGCUGUCAACAUCUCAAGUUGUGUCUACCACUGAGUCAUUAACAACUGCACAGCCGACUGAGGCAACAACACCAUCUGUUUCCUAUACUGAUCAGUCUGCAACUACUGAGGAAUUAACUACUGAAGCUGUGUCCACUACUCAGUCUACAACAACUGAGCAACCAGCUACUGAGAAGAGUACAGAAAACGCUCCCUCUGAUCAGCCAUCAACAGAACAACAAUCAACUGAGGCUGAUUCGACAACUCAGUCAUCUGCAUCUCAGCCAGAAGCUCAACCAUCUACUGAAGAAUCAGCACGCGAUACUUCUUCAACUACCACUGAUAAGCCGCCGUCAUCAGAACAACCUGAGCAAUUAACGACUCAAGAACCUUCAACAACACAGUCAUCAACAAUUAAUCAAGAAGUUACUGAAGAAUCAACAACCACUGACCAGCAGCCGUCAACAGAACAACAAUCAACUCCAGCCGUUUCAACAACUCAGGCAGUAGAACAACCAGCCACUGAAUCAACAAAUCAACAACUUACUGAUGAUUCAACAGCAAAUAUUCCGUCAACAACUCAAGCAUCACUUACUGAACAUGACACAACUCCAGGUCUUUCAACAACUGAAGUUACUCCAUCAACAACUUUAGGACAACUGUCAACUGGUGAACCAACAACACAAGAGGCUCAAUCAACAACUACUGAAAGCAAUCUAUCAACGACUUCGCAACAACUUUCAACUACAGCAGUUGUUGCUACUGAAACUGCAAAUCUAUCAACUGAAAGAUCAAUUUCUACUGAAAAACCUGAAAGAAGUACUUCAGAAGAAGAAAGAUCUACGGAAUUUGAGUCAGAAGAAGGCUACACAUCUUCUGAGUACGAUUCACAUUCAACUGAAUCAAUGGAAUAUCAUAAAACAGUACAGUAUGAUUCUUAUGAAACUUCUGACGAAAAUGUUAAUGAAAAUAGUCAAAAGCUUACCAAUACUGAUAAUGUUAUAGCUGAAACAACAACUGUUUUAUCAACCACUGUUCAACAGCAAACAAUUACUGAGUCAGCCUCUACUGAGUCACCUGUAACGACUGAGAAAGUCGCAGACGAAAUUACAACUGCAACUUCUACUCAGCAAGCACCAACUGACAUACCAACUACUGAGAAAAUAACUGAGGAGUCCACAACAAUACAACAAUUAGUUUCUACUGAUCAAACAACAGAGGCAACUCCAACAACAACGUCAAAUGAUCAGACGACAACUGUAAAUGCUAUUACAGAGGCAACCACAGAACCUACUUCUGAAACAUCAACAACAACUACAGAGAAAUCAGUAACAGAUAUAACAACUAAUCAACCAGCCAAUGACAUUACAAACCAACCAUCAACUCAACAGACUGAUGAACCAAUCAAAACGACGGAAUUACCAACAACACAAGGAUCACCAACUGAAACAACAAAUAAACCAGACACUGAACCAAGUAGCCAGGCAACAACUGACAGUAACCAGCCAUCAACAACAACUCUAUCAACAGUUGAAAACCAAGAGACAACUACUCAAAAUGUAGCUUCAGAAAUAAAUAAUACUGAAGCUCCGGUAACUGAAAAUGUUACUACAGGAGCUCCUUUACAAACUGAAAAUACAGAAAAAGCUAAAGAUAUUGCUAAAGAACAACCUAUAACUGAUAGUCCUGAAAAAAAUACUAAAGGUAGUCAAUCAAAUGAGUAUGACGAUGAUAGUUCUCACGUUGACUGUACUGAUACCGAAGAAGAUUUCAAUGAUCGAGUCCCUAAAACUGACACUACAACUUCAGUUACAACUCAAAAAGAAACGAUAGAACAAUCUACUAAAAUAUCGAAUGAUGCUGCCACUACAGUAACAGAACCGCAGAAGAAUAAUGUAGAAUCGACAACUCAAAUUGUUACGCAAGAAACGACAACAAUAUUGCAAUCAACUCAAGAAUACACUACAGUUAAAACGAUUGAAGACACAACGCAGUUGUCGACAAUUACUGAGAAAGUUCAACAACCAGAACAAUCGACUGUCAACCCAACAACACCACAAGAAACAGUUUCAACAACAACAGAAAUAAACCAGACGGAAAAACCUAAUGCAGUCAAUAAACCACCUACGUUGUCGGAAAAAACCGCUACAGUCGAACCGACUUAUGCGCCCGAACCGAAACCACCCGGCCAACAGGGUGUGAAAUUCGAGACAGAUGUAGGAAUGCCUAAAGCAGGGGGCAAGCUUUGUAUCAACCAAGGUCGUAAAGAAAUUAUGAACGCCUUGGAGACAAACAUGCGUUUGAAGAUCCUCCUCCUCCCAAAGGGUCCUGAUGGCAAGAACUGUUACUGUACCUGUAGCAGCAACACUCCACCUGCUAUCAUUCCAUUAUCAGAGUUACCAGAAGAAGAACCCGAGACAGAAGCGUAAAAUAAAAAGAUAUUUAUUUUUAUCUAUACUGUAGUUUGGCAAUAAAAGAUUUUAACGCGGUGUCAGCUGGAAUUAAUAUUAACUUGGACUGAAUCACCCACUUCGGACCACAUCCCAUGAAUAAACAAUCAUCCGAACACAGUACCUCCUCUUUUUAAACUCGACAAAAAUAACAAAUAUCAAAACCGGUUGAGUCGUAGUGUACUGGGUUGCCACAGGUACGAUACUAGCGACCUCUAUUAUUUCAAACUCCUUUUUGCCAAGCUAGGCCAAGAUCGAUAUGAAAUUUUAAUAUUAUAAUUCUUGUGAAAUAUUAUUACAUUAAUUAUGUUUUACGGUAACUGAGGUGCGGUACAAGAUAACUCGACUAGUUUUAAGCCAUGGUGGGGCUCAGGCAGUAGUCAUGAGCAUAAUAUACCUCCACAUUACUGCAUUGUGCCUGUAUAGUUUUUCUUCCAUUCCGAACUUAAAUAUUUAUUUUUUAUAUGUCUGUAGUGUUCAUAAUAUGAUUUAUGAGAAAUACAAUAUUGUGUGUAUUA